AAUUCGCACCAAUCGACUGAUCAGUUGCGUACCUUUCACGAGGGUUCACGGUCUAGGAAUCCUAUCGGGCCCUUCUUCCGGUACUACAUCAUUCCAGGCGGGUCAAACGGGCGGCAGAAUAGCAGCCGCUAGCUACAAUGAGCUUCACAAAUACCAUGUGGGAGCUCUAUUAUGCUUCCAGUGAUCACGAGGACCACACUGUCGCCGAGCUCGAUGACGGAUUGUCACUAGACCAGAAGCUGGCACUCGUCGACCGAACCCCUUUUCUGCCGUACUUCAAGGAGAUCCGGGACGGCCAGUUGAUAAGUCCCAAAUUCAAGCAGGCCAGCCAGCUCUUGAUCAGCAAUUGCUUCUCUCUUCGAAACCGCUGCUUUGCGGUAAGCCUCGUUGCUAGUGUUCUUUGGCCUUGUCACUUUCAAUAUCGACAAACUGUUCGUACACCCCGCGAAUUCUUUUUCAUGGUAAGCUUCUAUUCCUUCAAUCUACUCAAUUUGUGUGUGUUGCUAGCCUAUGCUGACAAGUUUCAGGAUGCGCCUUGCCGCGAGCUUGUUGCACUGGUCAUCUUGGGCGAGGAAGAUGAGAAAACCGGCACGGCUCCAACGAUAAGCCUAACCCAAGGGCAUAAGAAACAUAUAUUCCCAUUGUGUUCAAUAUUUGGGUUGUUUCAGCUGUUUGAUGCGAUGUUGGACAGCGAGCUGGCCUUCAUGCAGCGACAGCCAGGGCCCUCUACUACCAACAGGAUUUUCCAAGUGAAACCGGAUCCAAGACCGGUGUAUAUCCUGAACAGAAUCAAUGCCCAUAAAGACAGGCAAGCGGCAAUCAAGAGACGUCAAGAUUGUUCUCGUGACAACACCACUGGACGUCGCAGAAAGGCAGUUUCGCAAAGCUCGCUAAGGAUAGAGCUUUCCCCUCCCAGCAGCCGAGAGGUAGCCUCGAGGAAGGCAAUUGCUCCACCUAGCCUAAUUCCACGGAAGAGAAAAGCUGUGGAAAUGCAGAAUGGGGAACCUGCAUCUCGCAAGCCUGUAAAACGGUGAAGAAUAAGCUUGCAGGAGUAUUCACUGUCGUUGGAUCCACGCAUCGAAUAACGAAAGAAGCUACAUUCUGAAAAGGAUGAAGUGAUAUUGAUCAAGCUCCCACCAACCCAGGGAAGAUGCUGGAGGUACUCAGCCCCAGGUGUCCUUGGAUGACCCGAAAUUCCCACCCCCUUAAACGCCAUGGUAUCGUCGACGAC